CGGGUGCGGUGAAACCUUAACUCCAUUCGCCUCCAGCUUGGGCCCUGCGAUCGCCAGCGUCCAAACGGACAACACCGUUAGCGCAAGCAGAUAUGCCCCGGGCCCCCGAAGGCCCCGUCGGCGGUGCACAUCAUCUGCUCCACGCCCCGAAUCAGCAGCGGAUGCUCACUUCCGUUGAUGAUGGACACUGCACGCCCACCGCUGCGCAUCAACGGCCCCCGGGAGCCCCCAAGCAAUCGAAUGGACGUCGCAGCCUCCAAGCCCCCAAAGAUCGCCCGGCUAGCUGCCGCCGCCGCCGCCCAUCGACGUGGGUCCCGCUCCAGCCAUUGGUGCGACUGGGCGCGCAUAACACUCGCGACUCGUUUGCCUUUGCCUCUGCUCACUCUUUCCCGCAAAAUAAGCGCCAUCGGGGCCCGUUAGGGCCAUCAGACGAUGGGUUGCUGACUCUCUUGGCUUUUGCAAGUAAGCUGCAAAGACUCCCAGCAUACUCACGCGAGAGAAGAAGGAAGCAGCAUGUCAGGUUGCUAGGUGUUCCGUGGGCUGACCUCGUAUUCAUCCCCUCCCCAGCCCUAGUGAAAGCAAUGGAAACACCAACUCCGCAGCAGAGUGCGCCAUCUCAGCCUGCCGGUGCCACUGUGCCGGGCCAUCUGUAGUUGGCAAAGAGGCCUCCAAAGAAGCAGACGGUAACACGUACCAAACUUCACCUCUCUCCCCACCCUCGCACAGCAGCCAUCACACAUGUAACGCACGUACUAUUCAAAGAAGAACAACCAGCAGUGUCACCACCAGCCACCGGGCGUCAAGACACGGUGAUCGAGCUUGGGAUCAAGUCCGCAUUUGAUCGAAUUCCUGCACU